UGCCUUUUCCGGCAUCCGCGCCCCCUCCUCGCCUUGCUGAACCCCGUGGCUCUGAAGCAUCCCCCGGUGGCAUCGCGAAACUUAGACCCCAUCCGUGGCAGCCUCUGGCCGGCGCCAUGGCCAGCGAGAACUCCCCUCUGCUGGCCUACCGGCUCCUGGGGGAGGAUGGCCUCGGCUUCCCUACCCCAGGGGCUGGGAGUCCUGGAGGCGUGUCUGUCCGGAAACUAUCCACUUUCCUGGGCGUGGUGGUGCCCACUGUCCUGUCCAUGUUCAGCAUCUUCGUCUUCAUGAGGAUUGGGUUCGUGGUGGGCCAUGCAGGCCUGAUACAGGCAAUGGCCAUGCUCCUGGUUGCUUAUUUCAUCCUGGCACUCACCGUCCUCUCCGUCUGUGCCAUUGCCACCAACGGUGCUGUGCGUGGGGGCGGAGCUUACUUCAUGAUCAGCCGCACACUCGGCCCAGAGGUGGGGGGCAGCAUUGGCCUCAUGUUCUGCCUGGCCAAUGUGUGUGGCUGCGCCGUCUCCCUGCUGGGACUGGUGGAAGCUGUGCUGGAUGUCUUCGGGGCUGAUGCUGCGGGCGCCCGAGGGCUCCCGGUUCUACCACAGGGUUAUGGCUGGAAUCUGCUCUAUGGUUCGCUGCUGUUGGGGCUCGUGGGGGGCGUGUGCACCCUGGGUGCUGGCCUCUACGCCCGUGCCUCCUUCCUCACCUUCCUGCUGGUAUCUGGCUCUCUGGUCUCCGUGCUGGUCAGCUUUGUGGCUGUAGGGCCCAGAAAGGUACCCCUGCCCUCCCGGACUGACAGCAACAGCUCUUCGCCACCACCUCAAUUUGGCCACUUCACCAGCUUCAAUACCAGCACUCUGAAGGCCAACUUGUUUGCUGGUUACACCCAGGACUAUACCACGGGUGCCAUGAUGACCUUCGCCAGCGUCUUCGCAGUCCUCUUCAAUGGCUGCACUGGUAUCAUGGCUGGGGCCAACAUGUCGGGGGAGCUGAAGGACCCCAGCCGGGCCAUCCCGCUGGGCACCAUCAUUGCUGUGGCCUACACACUCUUUAUCUACACACUGCUCUUCUUCCUCUCCGGCUUCACCUGCGACAGGACCCUGCUGCAGGAGGACUACGGCUUCUUCCGUGCCAUCAGCCUAUGGCCCCCACUCGUGCUCAUCGGUGUCUAUGCCACCUCGCUCUCGGCCUCCAUGAGCUCCCUCAUCGGUGCCUCACGCAUCCUCCAUGCCCUGGCCCAGGAUGACCUCUUUGGAGUGAUCCUGGCACCCGCCAAAGUAGUGUCACGAGGCGGGAACCCAUGGGGGGCCGUGCUCUAUUCUUGGGGUCUUGUGCAGCUGGUGCUCUUUGCGGGGAAGCUGAACACGCUGGCAGCCGUGGUCACGGUCUUCUACUUGGUGGCCUACGCUGCAGUGGACUUGUCCUGCCUGAGCCUGGAGUGGGCCUCGGCCCCCAAUUUCCGCCCCACCUUUAGCCUAUUCUCCUGGCACACCUGCUUGCUGGGGGUGGCCUCCUGUCUCCUCAUGAUGUUCCUCAUCAGCCCUGGUAUAGCUGGCGGCUCCCUCCUGCUCAUGGGCCUGCUGUCAGCCCUGCUUACUGCCCGUGGAGGGCCCAGCAGCUGGGGCUAUGUCAGCCAGGCCCUGCUCUUCCACCAGGUACGAAAAUACCUGCUGCGUCUGGACGUCCGGAAGGAGCAUGUCAAAUUCUGGAGACCUCAGCUACUGCUGCUGGUGGGGAAUCCACGGGGGGCACUGCCCCUGCUGCGCUUGGCCAACCAGCUCAAGAAGGGGGGACUUUACGUGCUGGGCCACGUCACACUGGGGGACCUGGACUGCUUGCCCUCGGACCCCGUGCAGCCGCAAUAUGGGGCUUGGCUGAGCCUGGUAGACCGUGCCCAAGUGAAGGCCUUCGUGGAUCUCACUCUCUCACCUUCCGUGCGCCAGGGGGCCCAACACCUGCUGCGGAUCUCAGGCCUCGGUGGCAUGAAACCCAAUACCUUAGUCCUGGGCUUCUAUGAUGACGAGGUACCCCAGGACCACUUCCUGACAGACCCGGCCUUCUCUGAGGCCAACGGCAGCGGUGCAGAAGGUGGAGAUCCGGCCCUCAGCACCCUGUUUCCCCCGCUCCGGGCCCCGGGGAGCCCCCGUGCGCUGAGCCCGCAGGACUACGUGGCCACGGUGGCCGAUGCCCUCAAGAUGAACAAGAACGUGGUGCUGGCGCGGGCCUGUGGGGCGCUGCCCCCCGAACGGCUGGGCCAAAGCUCCAGGGGCGCGUCCAAAGGGCACCAGGUGGACGUGUGGCCCCUCAACCUGCUGCGGCCCAGGGGCGGGCCGGGCUACGUGGACGUGUGCGGCCUGUUCCUGCUGCAGAUGGCGACCAUCCUGGGCAUGGUGCCCGCCUGGCACAGCGCCCGGCUGCGGAUCUUCUUGUGUCUGGGGCCUCGGGAGGCGCCCGGGGCGGCCGAGGGCCGGCUGCGGGCCCUGCUGAGUCAGCUGCGCAUCCGGGCUGAGGUGCGGGAGGUGCCCUGGGGGGACGGGGCGGCUUCGACGGGCGCCCGGGGGGAGGAGGAGGACGAGGAAGAGGGAGGCGAGGAGGAGGAAGGCGACUUCGUGAACGGGACGCGUGGGGACGUCGAGGCCGAGGCGCUGGCGCUCAAUGCCAACGCGAUGCUCCGCGCGCAGCAGGGGCGCGGCGGGGCUGCCCGGGCCGGCGGCUCCGACGGCGGAGGCGGCCAGGAGGGCCCGACCACGGCCCUCACUUUCCUCUACCUGCCCCGGCCGCCCGCCGAUCCCGCCCGCUACCCCCGCUACCUGGCACUGCUGGACACGCUGACCCGGGACCUGGGCCCCACUCUGCUCAUCCAUGGCGUCACCCCGGUCACGUGCACGGAUCUCUGACGGCCCGUUCCCACGGCCCAGCCCGCUAGGACGGA